AUGACCGCCACUGGUGCAUUUAAGAUUGUGCGUUAUAAGGAACAUAAACAAGAUUGUUCAGGGCAUUAUAGUGAUGAUCAUCCACUCUUGACUUCUGAUUUUGUUGCUGAUCUCAUCGUAGAUAUGAUAAGAGUAGAUCCAGCUUUCAAAGUGAAGUUAGUUGUUAAUUUUGUUAAUACAAAAUACGGCUUUGUUAUAACAUAUAAGAGAGCUUGGUUAGCCAAAAAUAAGGCAAUAAAUAAAGUCUUUGGGGAUUGGGAUAAGUCGUUUGAGGAGCUUCCAAGGUACUUGCAGGCGUUAAUGCAAUUGAAUAGAGAUACAGUGUUGUUCCCACACGCCUUCGCCAUUGUGGAGGGAGAAAGUAAUGAGACAUGGAAUUUCUUUUUGGAUUGUAUACGGCAAUAUGUUACUAAACGAGAUGGGUUAUGUGUCAUAUCUGAUCGUCACAAGGGAAUCUUGCAUGCUAUGAACAGGGUUGGAAAAGGUUGGGAAGAGCCAUAUGCAUUCCAUCGGUUUUGUAAACGACAUCUUGCCUCAAACGUGUAG